AUGUCUCAUUGCCAUGAUGACCACUCUAGCCACUCCCACGACCAUGGCGGGCAUGAGCACGAUCAUUCCGACGAUAUCACUCCCGCCCUUCAAACCUUGCUGUACAAGCAGAUUGACUUCAGCGCUCUGACUUGUCUCAACGAAGCGACUCCCCGUUCUGGUGCUGCCAUCUGUCAAAAGACAUGGGCACAGAGACUCGAGGCCGAGCCGGAGCUCGAGAGUGAUGCUGAUGAGCAACUACUUAUGAUUGUCCCCUUCACAGGUCAAGUCCGCCUCCACAGCAUCCUCCUUCGCACAAGCACCGACGCCUCAGCACCAAAGACGUUGCAUGUCCACCUCAACCGUGACGACCUUGAUUUCAGCACCGCCUCUGACCUACAGCCAACGCAAACGAUCGAGCUGUCUCAGACCUCUGAGGUACAGGAGCUCCCAAUCAAGCGCGCCCUGUUCAACACCACACGGUGUCUGGCACUGUUCUUUCCUGACAACUUUGGUGAUGGGGAGGACGUCACCAGAAUCUCGUAUCUAGGCUUCAAGGGAGAGUUCAUGAAGCUCAAUAAGGAGCCUGUCAACUUCUUGUACGAGGCCGCUGCGAACCCGGCGGACCAUAAAACUAUUGUGGGUACAAGGGAGGGAAUGGGGAGUUUGGGCGGAGCGGCUGGUGGGAGGGAUGCUAUGUAG